AUGGCCAACCCACCGCACGGAGGGAUCCUCAAGGAUCUCCUUGCACGAGACGCUCCUCGUCACUCUCAACUCUCCGCUGAAGCAGAGACACUGCCUGCCGUUGUCCUGACCGAACGCCAGCUAUGUGAUCUUGAGCUUAUCCUGAACGGUGGAUUCUCUCCGCUCGAAGGAUUCAUGAACGAGAAGGACUACAAUGGCGUUGUUGAGAACCUCAGACUAGCAGAUGGCGCUCUUUUCAGCAUGCCCAUCUGCUUGGACGUCACAAGCAAGACUGUCGAGCGUCUGAAAAUCAAGGCAGGCGCCAGAAUCACCCUCCGAGACUUCAGAGACGACCGUAACCUCGCUAUCCUGACAGUCGACGACGUCUACCAGCCAGACAAGAAGAAGGAGGCACAAGAGGUGUUCGGUGGAGAUCCAGAACACCCAGCCAUUAAGUUCCUGUUCAACAGCACAAAGGAAUUGUACAUUGGCGGAAAGAUUGAGGCUGUCAACAGGCUGAGUCACUACGACUACGUUGCUCUACGAUACACCCCAGCCGAGCUGCGGACACACUUCGAGAAGCUUGGUUGGAACCGUGUGGUGGCUUUCCAGACCCGAAAUCCCAUGCACAGAGCUCAUCGUGAGCUGACAGUUCGCGCUGCCCGCGCUCGACAAGCCAACGUCCUCAUUCACCCAGUUGUUGGCUUGACCAAGCCUGGCGACAUUGACCACUUCACUCGCGUUCGUGUCUACCAGGCACUCAUGCCCAGAUAUCCCAACGGAAUGGCUGUCCUCGGUCUGCUCGGUCUGGCCAUGCGUAUGGGUGGUCCUCGUGAAGCCAUCUGGCACGCUAUCAUCCGAAAGAACCACGGCGCUACACAUUUCAUUAUUGGCCGAGAUCAUGCCGGACCUGGCAAAAACAGCGCAGGCAAGGACUUCUACGGUCCAUAUGACGCCCAGCACGCGGUGGAGAAGUACAGGGCUGAAUUGGGAAUUGAGGUUGUCGAAUUCCAAAUGAUGACCUACCUCCCUGAGACCGACGAAUACAAACCAAAGGACGAAGUACCGGCUGGUAUCAAGACCCUCGACAUCUCUGGUACCGAACUCCGAAGACGUCUGAGAGUUGGUGCGCCCAUCCCUGAAUGGUUCUCGUAUCCAGAGGUCGUCAAGGUCCUCCGAGAGUCAAACCCACCGCGCGCAACGCAAGGCUUUACCAUUUUCCUGACUGGUUACCAAAACUCUGGCAAGGACGCCAUUGCACGAGCUUUGGAAGUCACUUUCAACGAGCAAGGUGGCCGACCUGUCAGUCUGCUCCUUGGUGAGACCGUUCGCUCUGAGCUUUCUGCAGAACUCGGCUUCACAAAGGAAGAUCGCGACACCAACAUCGCUCGUAUUGCCUUUGUUGCUGGCGAGCUGACUAAGGCCGGAACUGCUGUGAUAGCCGCGCCCAUUGCACCCUUUGACGCAGCUAGAAAAGAUGCCCGUGCCACUAUUGAGAGAUACGGCAGCUUUUUCUUGGUGCACGUUGCCACUACUCUGGAGUACUCGGAGAAGACGGAUAAGAGAGGAGUGUAUGCUCGUGCCCGGAGAAAUUCCAUCCAGAACUUUACCGGUGUCAACGACCCAUACGAGAAGCCUGAAGAUGCCGAUCUGACAGUUGACACUGAAAAGCAAACCGUCAGAAGCAUUGUUCACCAAAUCAUUUUGAUGUUGGAGAGUCAGGGAUUCUUGGGCGCCGUGUAA